AUGUUAAUUGAUGGUGGCAGUCAACGCAGCUUCAUCGCGGAAGAGUUGUCUAGGAAGCUGAAAGCCACCGUGGUAGCCGAAGAGCAGCUCACCAUCUCUGGAUUCGGAAACAUUUCUGCACCUCGGGAAUAUUGUCGGAGAGUACGCGUUACGCUACAUAGCCAGUACGAUGCAAACUCGAUUGAAAUAGAGGCUAUAGAAGUCCCAGAAGUAUGCAGUGACUUGUCAGCACUGACAGAGACAAAUGUGCUUGAAAGGGUAAAAGACAGGGACUUACGUUUGGCUGAUGUCACCGUAUACCAGGUCUCAUAUGAGCCUGGCAUAUGCGUGCUUAUAGGAGCUGACUAUUACUGGCAACUCGUCAGCGGAAAAAUUCAACGACUGGACGACUCCUUAACCGCCAUCGAAACAAUCAUGGGAUGGACACUACAUGGAGAUACCAGAAGUGUGCCGAAGUUCCAGCCAGAAACCGUAAGGACCUUCAACAUACACCUGAUGGAAACCAAUGUCUCACAGCAACUGAGGGCUUUCUGGGAAGUGGAGCAUCUGGGACUGGCCCACGAAGAAAGACAUUCGAAAGAUGACGAAUACGUCCUGAAGAACUUUAUGGAAUCAACUGUUAAAACCAAUGGACGCUACGAAGUUGAACUCCCUUGGCGCAGCAAUUAUUCCGAGCUUAAAGACAACCGAGAUGUCGCUUUGAAGAGGCUGGAGUCUCUACAAAGAAAGCUGUGUCGAGAACCAGAGUUUAACAAGGAAUAUGACACUGCGAUCAGGAGCUACUAUAACAAUGGCUUUGCUGAGAAGGUCACAACGAGCAGUACGAGCGGGCAUGUCACGUACUACAUGCCACACCGAGCGGUAGUGAGACGUGACAGAAUUACAACAAAAGUGCGGGUGGUGUUCGACGCCUCAUCUAGCGCUUCGGACUCUCCUUCUCUCAACGAUGUCUUGUGGACAGGGCCGAAUUUGAAUCCCAGCAUACUUGACUUACUGCUGAAGUUUCGCAGCUUCAAGAUUGGAAUUUCCGCCGACAUCGAAAAAGCUUUUCUUCAAGUGUCACUGGCUGAACACGACCGAGACGCGUUUCGCUAUUUUUGGUUUGAGGAAGGUUCUACUAACCUUGAAGAAUUGCGCAUGACAAGGGUUCCUUUCGGUGCCUGCAGCAGUCCCUUUCUCCUAGCGGCAACUCUGCGACACCACUUUCAACUCGUGGAAGACAAGUACCCUUCGACUGCCAAACUGUUGAAGGAUCAUUUCUAUGUAGAUGAUUUGGUCAUCGGAGCACAGAGCAAAGACGAAGCACAGCAAGUCGUCAACGAUUGCUUCAGUAUUUUGGAAGAGGCGGGGAUGCACCUAACAAAGUGGACGACAAAUGAUGGACAUUUACGAAACUUUUACAACAGUAAAGACAUGAAGAUACAGUUCGAUGUAGGAAACGGAAAAAAGAUUCUUGGACUUAUCUGGGACACUGACAAAGACAUCUUAAAGCCAUCGAUAGACAAGAUGCUUGAAUCGUUAAACGAGCCAAAGGUUACGAAGCGACAGAUCUUAAGCUUUGCCUCACUCAUGUACGAUCCUUUCGGAUUCUUGGCACCGUGCGUUCUGGUGGUGAAGUUAUUAGUUCAAAGGCUGUGGAUACAGAAAUACAGCUGGGAUGCUCCCCUACCCGAGUCUAUUCUUCUGGAGUGGACAGCGUGGACUAAAGGCCUCCCAAUAGUUAAUCAGUUGGAAGUUAAGAGACAUUUUGGUCAAUUCCUCCUGGGUAAGAAUGUUCGGGUUACCAUCCAUGCCUUUAGCGACGCAAGCCCUGCUGCGUAUGGCGCCGUGCUCUUCCUUCAGGUUGUGGCUGCCGUUUUCGGAACGGAAGCUGCUGAAUAUGCCUCCGUUUUGACAGACCCGUCACAUGACUGGAAGGAUCAUCACGGCAUCGAGAUUCGACUGCGUGAUCACCGUUGUCUUAUCGAAGAAGCCAUCCUUCCCUUUGUCCCGACUCCGACGCAUGCGCCAACAUCGGUGACGUCAGCGGCCUCGGACCUUCCAAAGGCUAUAAGAAGCUGCGUACCUCCGUCGAACUUCAGUGGGCCAGGCAGCGGCACUCCGGGCGAAAUGCUCACCAAACCAUUCGUCUUUGUGGUGCAGAAAAGGACAUACCGCUUGGACGGCAGUCGUAUGCAAGGCUACUGGCAGGGCGGUAUCCUACACAUAAGGAUGUGGCACAUACUUAUGACAUUGUAA